AUGUCGCUUACCCACUUCUUCUACGAGCCCUUCUACUCCCUCUCGGACUUCGACCGCCUCUUUGACGAGGCGCUCGACGCGGGCCAGUCUAAUGGCCGUGCACGCGGCCAGAACCGUCAACUCGCCCGGCCAAGUCCGACACCUCGAAACUCCUUGCGUCCCAAGAUGGAUGUACAUGAAGACAAGGAGAAGAACCUCGUCACUGCCACUUUUGAGCUGCCCGGCCUCAAGAAAGAGGACGUGCACAUCGACAUACACAAUAGUGUCUUGACCGUCUCGGGAGAGACCAAGAUAGACGAGACGAAGGAGCAAGAUGGGUACGCUGUACGCGAGCGCCGCUUCGGGCGCUUCUCACGUUCUAUUCCUGUGCCGCAGGGCAUCAAGGAGGAGGAGAUCAAGGCAUCCCUCGAAGAUGGCGUCUUGAGCGUCACCUUCCCCGGCUCUGCACCUGAGGCUGCGCCGAAGAAGAUUACCGUGGCUUGA